CGCUAUUUACGGCGCGGAGCCGGGAAGAGCCGGGCGAGCGCUUGCAGGAGCUCGCGCCUGGCGGUGUCUGAGCGGAGUGGCGGGCCGAGGGGAGCGGAGGCCGGAGCCUACCCCGACCGCAGCGCCAAGCGGAGCUGAUCGGAGGAGCGGGGGCUGCGGAGUUAGAUCCUGCGCGGCACGCCCCUCGGCCGCGCUCCAUGUUCCGGCCGCGGUCCGAUCCCGCGCCCCGGGCAGCCCCCAUGCCCUGCGUGCGCCGGGAGCCGUAGGCUGCAGCUGAGCCGCGGCUCCGGGAGCCGGCGGGGGCGCCGCGGCCGUGGGGGGCGUCAAUGGAUCGCCACUCCAGCUACAUCUUCGUCUGGCUGCAGCUGGAACUCUGCGCCAUGGCCGUGCUGCUCACCAAAGGUGAAAUCAGAUGCUACUGUGAUGCCGCCCACUGUGUGGCUACUGGUUAUAUGUGCAAAUCUGAGCUGAGCGCCUGCUUCUCCAGGCUUCUCGAUCCUCAGAACCCAAAUUCCCCUCUCACCCACGGCUGUCUGGACUCUCUUGCAAGCACAGCAGACAUCUGCCAAGCCAAACAGGCACGAAACCACUCCGGCACCGCCGUCCCCACGCUGGAAUGCUGUCAUGAAGACAUGUGCAAUUACCGAGGGCUGCAGGAUGUCCUCGCCCCUCCCAAGGGGGAGGCCUCAGGACAAGGCAACAGGUAUCAGCCUGACGGUAGCAGAAACCUCAUCACCAAAGUGCAGGAGCUGACUUCCUCCAAAGAGUUGUGGUUCCGGGCGGCAGUGAUCGCUGUUCCCAUCGCUGGAGGGCUGAUCCUGGUGUUGCUGAUCAUGCUGGCCCUGAGGAUGCUGCGGAGCGAGAACAAGAGGCUGCAGGACCAGCGGCAGCAGAUGCUGUCCCGUUUGCACUACAGCUUCCAUGGACGCCACUCCAAAAAGGGGCAGGUUGCCAAGUUGGACUUGGAGUGCAUGGUGCCUGUGAGCGGCCACGAGAACUGCUGUCUGACCUGCGAUAAGAUGAGGCAAGCUGACCUCAGCCAUGACCGGCUCCUCUCGCUCGUGCACUGGGGUGUGUACAGCGGCCGCGGGAGGCUGGAGUUCGUAUGAUGGAGACUCCCCGGAACCCCACUUCCGGGACCCUCGAAGGCCCUUGAGUUCUGCUGGACAGGAGCACUUUAUCCGAAGAGAGACGCGCAAUCACCUUCGAGAGACAAAACGACCUCCGCACACCGAACCUGGGAUAUUUCUUCUGAAGGAUUAUUUGCACAGACGUGAAUAUGGUCCAGAUGUAUUAAUUUGCUUUCGGACAAUAAAAAGCAAAGAGAAGACUCUGCACUGUUUCCAGGGUUAUUUGCAUCCAGGGGAGCUGGAAUCGAGUACCUGAAUAAAUGAAAACGUGCUUUAUGGAAGUUCCUCCAUCUUGAUUUAUUGUAAAGAUUUAAAAAAAUAUAUUAUAUAUAUAUUUUGUCUGAAAUUUAGCAGUGUCUUGUCAUAAAUUAAAAACUAAGCGGGAAGGGUAAGGAAUUACAUGUUAAUUAUACAUAUGAAGAUCUGUCUGUCCUUGUUCACAGUAGGGUUUCAAUGACAGAUUUUUGGCUUGAUUGUUUUGUUUUGUUUUGUUUUUGUCCUUAAACAGGACCAAGAUCUUGUUUAUUCUCGUGUGGCACAGGUGUAAUUUUCUUACAGCGCAGAGCAUUUAUAAAUGCAUCCUGCCCAUCAUACCAGGACAUCAUGUUUUAUUCACAAUUUUUUGUUAGGAUGAUUCUGGUUUUUAGCUUUCAUCUAAGAGAAAUCUGAAACUUAUUUAUAAUUGAUCAAUUUCUUUAUUUUAUUACGGCCACACCUGCCGCAUACGGAAGUUCCGGGCUAGGGAUCGAAUUAGAGCUGCAGCUGCUGUCCUGCACCAGGGCCACAGCAACUCCAGGUCUGAACUUGUAUCUGCGAUGCAGCUUGAGGCAGCACGAGAUCCUUAACCCACUGAGCAGGGCCAGGGAUCGAACCUGCAUCCUCACAGACAGUAUGUCGGAUUCUUAACCCUCUGAGCCAUGAUGGGAACUCCUAUAAUGGAUCAGUUUCUGAAGUUGCCUUAGCAAAGGGUGAUAUUUAUCAACUUGAUCAGUAGCUCUGAUAGACGUUUGUUAAAUGUGUCUACCUCCAAUCAAAAAAAGAAUACUAAAUGAAACUUUUUUUUUUUUUUGGUAAAGUUAGUUAGUCUACUUUUACUGUUAGUGAAUUCAUCAGUUUAUUCAGUCUCAAACCUAAAUAAAUAUGUUGGACCCCAAAUUAGCCAAACUUUAUUGUGCCAUGUUCCUACUUUUUAAACCUUCCUUUCAUACAGUGUUAUACUAAUUUUUUUAUUUUUUUAACCUCUCGAUCUUUAGAAAGAUUUUCAAUAAUGAAGAUUAUUAUCAAUUGAGAUUUAAAUAACAAUGUCCUCCUCAAUUGAUUCUUUUAUUAAUACAACCAAAUAGACCAUUGAUUUUUAGCCAUGAAUAUACUAAGUAACAGUGUUCCCAUGCCUGUAGGACUUUGGCAACACAGCCUCGCCAGAAUUUAAACCCAUGUUGCAUUUGUGUACUUCCCCCCCCCUUCCAAAUGGGUCUUUGUUAUCUUAAGUGUGAGAAUACUUUGUAGGUUCUUUUCUCAAUUCUUUUGUAUAUUUGAAACUUUUGCUUAAAAAUUAACCUAUAGCCUGCAUAUUUGAAUACAUAUGGGCUUUUCUUUUAUGAGUAUUAAAGGAUUUUAUUGGAUCUUUCUGGGAUAUUUUCUGAUCAGCAUCAUUUGGGUCCCUUAAGAAGACAGAAGCAGUUGCCCAGUUCAUGGAAGAAUCUGAGAUGCCGGGAAAUACCUGGGUUAUUUAAUAAUGAAGAGCCCACAGCCCCAAACAAGUUAGGCUAUGGAAUAAAUAUGUGUUUUAAUAAA